ACGCAUGCGUGUUCGCAUUAAGUAUUCAACAUCCGCUGUAUAAACACGUGGAGACCAUGAUGUGAUUUUGCUGCUAAAAAUUCGUCUUGUGGAAAUUAGAGUUCCGAUGGCGAAAGAAAAGUCUACUGUACGCUUGCGAGGAGGGGCAAGUUUGGUGAAAUGUUGUCCAACAUUUUCAUGGGAUUCAAAAUUCCUGUUUUGUUGUGCUGGUGACACUGUGAAGGUACUGAGUAUUACCAGUGGAGAAUGUGUCCACAUUCUUAAAGGUCAUAGGUCACCAGUCACAUGUGUUCAGGUCAAUCCUAAAAAUAAAUUACAAAUAUUUUCAUCAUCACUUGAUCAGACUAUUAUCAAAUGGAACUACAUGGAUGGAGUUCAGCUUCGGAAAUUCCUAUUACACUCACCAAUAUUGAAUUUCUGGCUGCCGAAAUGGUUGGACAAUUCUGUUAUUGUAUUGAGGAAAACAUUUGCUGGUGCCUGUGAUCUCAGUACAUGUCAUCUGGUCGAAGAUAAGAAGAUUAAACUUGAAACUGUGAUUGAAAGAUGUUCUGGUGAUGCUCGUGGUGUUGCCAUGGGACACGAGAAUGAGUACAUUGUAUCAGUCCAGGAAAAAGGGCUGAAGAUAUAUUCAUUUAAAAAGAAAAUAUUAGAAGAACAUCGUGUCAAGAAGGAAAAAGUGACUUGUGUAACUUGUCAUCCAACAGAAUAUUGUAUAGCCGUGGGGAUGUCUGAUGGAAAAAUACAGUUCUGGUGGAAUUUCCUGAGCCGUACAAAUGUGGUGAAGACGACCUGUCACUGGCAUGCUUUACCAGUCCUCCAUCUGACCUUUACGGCUGAAGGUUCCUACCUGCUGAGUGGAGGGCAUGAAUGCGUGCUAGUGAAAUGGCAGUACAACUCUCAUCACAAGGAGUUGCUACCUCGUAUGGGCGCUCCCAUACGCUUCCUCACCUGCUCUCCGGACAACACCAUGUAUGCCACAGCUCAUGCUGAUAAUGUUAUCCAGGUGAUCAGCAGUAGCUUCAGCCUGUUACAUGUGUAUCAGGGCUUAACGCGGAGUCACCUGGAGCAGGUAGACAGUGAGCCCAUACCUGUGGGCUUCCUCAUCGAUCCACGCACAAAGUGUCUCGUCACCAAUGGGAAACCGGGCCACCUCCAGUUUUACUGCCUGCACUCUGACAAACAACUCUAUAAUCUGGAUAUUGUUUGUCAAAACUACAUCUCUCCGGAGAAUCUUAAAAAGCCAACUGUGAUAACAGACGUAAGACAGGCAUCAUUUGAUGACAAGGGGGAGUGGCUUGUUAGCUUGGAGAUGUGGGAUGAUGGAGUCAUGACACCAGAAAUAAGACUGAAAUUCUGGCAUUUCAAUGAAAGUUCACAAAUGUUUGUGUUGAAUACACGAGUAGAAAUGGCCCACCAGAAGAAGGUAAAUGCUGUCGAGUUCCAGCCACAGCUUACAUCAUCGCAAACAGAGUUAUCUCCCAUGGUUGUGACUACAAGUAAUGAUGGGAACUUUCGCCUGUGGUCAUUGGUUGAUGACUCAGAUAUUUAUCGAGCUAGCAGCAGAUGGAGCUGCGAGUCUGUUGGGUUUUAUCGAGGGCUUCCUGCAGGACAGGCUGCUUUCUCAGAGGAUGGUUCACUGCUGGCUGUUGCAUUUGUGUCCAUCAUCACAAUCUGGGACCCAUAUACCAAUGCCCUGAGGACAACAUUCAACAGAAAAGACCACCAGGACUGUAUUCAAACCUUACAGUUUGGUUUGCAGAGAUGUUCCCAUCUGCUUGUUAGUACAUCAAAGACUCAGUUGACUGUAUGGAACCUUCUUAGUUGUUCAGUUAAGUGGAGUGUCAGCCUACAAGUGUCUGUUCUUGUGAGAGAUUUGGGCUCAGAGCUCAUGGCAGCCUUCACUAAAAACAGAGAUGUAUUUGUGUUCAAGCCUUCAGAUUCAACACCAGUUUAUGCACAAGGCACUGGUAGCCACAAAGACAUUGUUGCUGCAGUGUUUCUACCUCAUGUGCAGAAGAGUUCAUCAAAGGGAGAGGAAUUGUUACCAUGGGAAGAAACAGCACAGUUAUAUUUCAUGAAUGAAGAUCAAUUACUACUGACGAUCACAUCAGAAACAGAAGACAGUUGUAGCACUGAAUCAAUUAAACCAGUUCAUCACAAUUUACCUCAGCCCCCGAUGAAGCUUCUGAUGGCUAAGAAUCGUAAGUCCGGUGUCAGAGAGGAGAAACCCAGGCUGUUUGACGCUGUAACUGGUCAGCCUGGAAAAGAGUUCAUAAGCCAGAUGCUCAGUACUUCAGCCAUGUACUUCCACAGUGACAUCUCUCUGUGGGGCAUUCAUGGAGUCUCUACUCAUCAACAAGACAAGCAGUUCAAAACAGGAAGAUGAGGAAAGUGGUGAAGAAAUGAACCAGUCCGGUGGCGCGUUGUCAGGCAGUGACUCGGACAUGGAAACAGAAACAACCAAUCAGAAACCUCCAAAGAAAAGUGACACAGUCCCUAAAUAUGACCUUCAUUCCAGUGGGAAACCCCAAAAGGAAGUUAUGCAGGACAUUUCAGAAACAUCUAAGAUGCUAUUUAGCAUAGGCUCAAUCUCAGAUAUGCCAUCUGAAGAUUAUAGUUGGAUGAAAGCAGUUGUGAAGUGAUGGUGCAGGUCACUUGAGCUGUUUGUAUUUGGAGAACACGCCAGAAUAAAACA